UACUGUUGGCCAUUCAGAAAGCUAGUCUAGGAAACGUGUUCUGCCACCUCCAUCCUGUUGGCAAAUUCCUCGAAGAAAUAGGCUGUUUUUCAAAACCUCCUUUUCAACACAACGUCAUCGCUGACCGUUGCCUCGGAACCAGCAUCAGCCUUCCCGGCCUUGGUUUUAGGAAGAAGCUUUCAUCUAAAAGCCUAAGGUAUAAAAAAAGACAGAUCCCAUUCAACCUCGCACCAACGCAGACUUGCCUUGUCGAAAGUUCUUUUCCAUAUUCCAAAAUGGAGCAAUCUCUCCAAGACUAUGGCCCUGCUGCUCCUCAUGGCCCGAACGUGGACGGACACCAUGUCGUCACAGAGGACAUCCGUGCCGACAUGAGUCCAAAUGAGGCCAGUGUCUUCCACAGCAUCCUUCACCCCGAUGACAUCUAUGAUGAAGACGGAACCUAUUGGGCAGACUUACCAAUAGGGAAACGCAUCAAAUUCGUUAGCAAGGUUGACGCUCAAGUGGCAAGCACUGAGACAAAAUCGAUAUUAUCCAUGUUCAAGCAUGAUCCUCUCAGCCCCGUCGGCUUUUAUCUCAAGAAUAUGGUUGUCCCAGGAGCCGGCCUCUUGCUUGAAGGGUACGUUUUGUUCUCAAUUGGCAACGUUAGACCACUGCUUCAAUCUGCUUUCCCAAGUUGCUGGAAGACCUUUGACACUUGCAAUGAGACUUGGACGCAAGCUAUUGACUAUCUCGAGAUCUGCGGUAUUAUCGUCGGUCAAAUCCUCGUCGGUAUUCUUGGGGAUUGGAUGGGACGACGAUGGGGUCUAAUACAAGAUGCUGUCAUCAUGUUCAUUGGCCUGCUUAUGCUCACUGCUGCGUGGGGGGUCACCCAGAACGGCUGGGUAAUCUGCUAUGUCUGGUCGCUUUUCUUCUAUGGCAUCGGCGUAGGCGGCGAGUACCCUAUGACUGCAACCUCAGGCAUGGAAAACGCUGUCGGCUCUGGCAAGAUUUCUACCAAAGAAGAUCGUCUCCACCGUGGCAGAAAAGUUACAAGCGCAUUCUUGAUGCAGGGCUGGGGCCAAUUCACCAACCAGGUUAUUCUGAUCCUUCUACUCCUCAUAUUCCACCACGGGUCUGGAAACCCGCCCUACUCGAAGGUUGCCGCCCAAUGGACAUACCGCAUUAGCUUUGCCAUUCCAGCAGUCGGAACUCUCUGGCUCGUCUACUUCCGUUAUUACAAGAUGCACUCGGCUAGCAAGCAGCUGAUGAUCUCCAAGAAGAAGUCUAAGGUCACAGGCUACGACACUAAAUCACUCAAGCUUACAGUUACACACUUUGGCCCGCGAUUGCUCGCAACCGCAGGUGCAUGGUUUGCCAAUGAUGUCUUCUUCUAUGGCAACAAGCUUUUCCAAAACCAGUUUAUCGCAGUCCUUACCCCAAACAAUAAGUCAGUUAUGGUCGGAUGGCUCUACAAUCUCGUUAAUGUCGGAGUCAGUCUGGUCGGAUAUUAUCUCGCGUCAUUCUUGAUCGACAACAAACUCUAUGGGAGAAAGUGGAUGAUGAUCGUGGGAUUUAUGGCCGACUUCAUUCUCUUUGUCGUGCCGGCCUUUUCAUACGAUUUUUUUACACGGCCCGAGCACAUCCAUGCUUUCCAGGCCAUGUACUUCCUCUCGUCCUUUUUCAAUCAGUUUGGGCCAAACAGCGUCACGUUCCUAGUAGCCGCUGAGGUAUUCCCGACGCCAAUCCGAGCCACCGCUCACGGGUUCUCAGCGGCUGUUGGCAAGCUUGGUGCACUGCUUGCUGCGGUACUGUACAACUACAUCAACACCCAGCAGAAGUUUUACGUUGUUCCCUGGUUUGGUCUCGCCGGCGCUCUUCUGACCUGGCUGUUUCUGCCUGACACCACGGGGCUCGAUUUGAAAGAGCAGGAGAGAAGGUGGUCCUACAUCCGUGCUGGGCGCGAACAAGAUUACCACGGCAUUGCUAUCCAUCCCAAGCACUUAUCGCUAUGGGAGCGCAUCCGGGGUGUUGGGAAGAAUUAUGAUGCGAAACUAGACUACCAAUCCAGGAUCGAGGAAAUGCGGAAGGAGUGGGUGGAGACCCAGGAAAGAGAAGUCGCGGAGAAGACGGAAGCUUUGGACGACGACGACAGCGAGGGCUACACAGGACACGUGCACAACUACUUCUCACGAACGUCGAAACUUCCGCCCGCAACGCUCAUGUUGAACGAAAAGACAAUGCCAGAUGGCGACAGCAGCAGCAACGAAAAGGAUUCAUAAAAGAAGUGAGGGGUAGGGGUUGCUAGAGCAGCACUGCGGGAGCGUGCUUGGUGGUUCAUGAGCGAGGUGCAUGCGCAAGUUUCACGUCACCCGAUG